UGCAUGAAACUAAAAUGUGCCGGGUCGCACAGAGUCCACAUCUGAAGCUUUCCCUUGGAACCCCGCCCGCCGCUUCUGCAAAACAACCUUCAAAUUACUCCUCCUGCAUAACCAAAUAGUUCCUCUGUCGAAGCAGUUAUGGUGGAUCCAUGGUGGUCACUUCUGGGUGCCGCAAUACCGGCUAUAAUUGUGGCCGGACAAGCUAUGAGGAUGAAGAAAAGAAGAACCGAAGAGCAGAGCGGAAGCGGACGCGAGAAGAGGUCCGAGCACAAGUUUGUCUGCGAGAGGGUAUGCACUUCGAAGAGACUGCUUAAGAAGGUCGGUACGUUAUCUAAAGACCCAACUAUUGAUACUUGCGUUACUGUUUGUGGAGUUUCUGAGGUUGAUGCGUGUGCUGAUGCUUGCACGAGAACUGUUUGUGUAAAUGACCACCAAGUGCCCAACUGGAAUGAUGCCUGUCUCAGGAUGUGCCAAAGCGAGUGCCUUCGACUAUCAAAUUCGUCUGUUGUUUCUUGAUGUGACUGCGCAUUUUGAGCAUAAAAAUAAGUGUCUUUUUGAGAUGGGGGGUCGAAUCAGAGCUUAAAUUCUAUUCCAAGAACCCCAGAAUGUGCUUUUUAAAUUUGGAAUACAAUGUCAUUGUGAAAGCAUCACAUUCCAAUUUGUUUGUUAUUGCGGAUCUUUAUGCUGAAGAAAUCAUUAUUAUACAAGCUCUA